UCCUCUGUUAUGGCCGACCGACAAUCCCUAUCUUGAUGGUCGUACACGAUCUCCUGCUGUAUACGAAGAAACCCUUCUUUCAAAGGUAUUUACCCAGUCUCUGCAUCCUACGAAGAUCGUACCGGACUACUUCCGCGCCUUGUCCAGAAUACAAUCGGACGACGUGACAAUUGCGACACUGGUGACGAGUAACCGAUUUAAAGCGCUGAAACAGUUGGUCGAAAGAUAUCAAGGUGGAUACGACACUCUCUUGUGAAAGCAUUGACCUUGACGUCCUUAGGCCCCAUCUCUGUGGCGAUACACGUGCCGCUACUUGUCGAAGGAAUCUCUGCACUGUCCGAUGAUCAUCCGUCUAUAAGGGCGCUGAAGGAACUACACGAGCUGUGUUACUCUUCUCCUCAUUUCUCAGACUAUGUCGACGUGCAUCUUGCGGUUUCUCCCUUCUCCCGAUCUGUCCGAGGAUCUAAAGUGGAAUCUGGCGGUAACGAUGGACAAGGUGAAGGCAGUCGACAAUUCAACUUAUGGAGGAACAUUGCUCGACUGUUUGCUAGGACUGAAUUCGUGAUGAUGCUGGACGUGGAAUUUGCUGUUUGCACCGAUUGGAGGAGCGCGGUCCGGAAGUCGAUGCACAAGUUAGAGCUGAACGGCCAGGAGUGGAAUUCGAAUCCACCCUCGAACGUUGACCGGCCUGGCGUAACGCGAUGAAUGAGAUAGUAAAACUGAAGGUGUACAAGAGACUUCGUGCAGAUCAGGGCAUUUACCCUCGAGAUAAGGAGAGCUUCGUUCCUAAGAUUGCCUCCUCUCAUGCAUCUUGGGCGGCUGGACACAACAGUACGAAUUACGCAAAGUAUUACUCUGUACCCCCGGGUCAGGAUGAUAUCUAUCCUGUCGGUUAAUACCAAAGUGCGCAGGAGCCAUAUGUGAUCAUGAGCAAAAACCUUCCUUGGUGCGACGAACGGUUCACGGCCUAUGGUGCCAACAAGGCUGCAUGUCUAUUCGAGAUGUACCUGAGUGGAGUCUCUGUUUUCGUCAUGUCUGACCACUUUCUGAUCCACCAGAUUCACAAAUAUGAGGAACAGGCUCGCCGGGAAGAGAGGAAGCACAACCGGAAACUGUACACACAUUUCAAGGAAGAAGCCUGUAUGCGGUACCUUCACUGGUUCCACGUUGAGAGCAUGUUGAAUGCGUCGCAAGCGACGAACGUCAGAGUGUAAGGAAGGUUAAGACGGUAGAGAAAAUUGCGUCCGAGGUAAAUGUCGUUCUGUUCUGAGCACGUUGUUACUCCGACAUUUCUAUCCGGUUGUUCGGCAUUGAAUUAUAGAAGAUCCUAAGUCCCCGGGUCGCUUCAUGUGACAGUCGCAUUGUACCUAGCUUCUCAGUUUACGAGAUUUCAGUGUAAGGAAUAUUACUGCAUUGCAAGGCA